UGGUUCACGUUCAGCCUGUCUCUGGUUCAGCAUAGCCUGCUAGCGUGCAAAACAAGCAAGCAAAACCCUAGACUGGGCUGCCCUGACCAAACUAACCUAGAGACUACCGUGAAAACCACAAAAAGAGAGGUCAGUCAGUGGUUCAGCGGUGGUCAGGGUUUCAGCCACAUUUGGAAAAGAUGGCAGAGCCUCGCAGCCCCGCUCCGGUACCACAGAACCCUGUUGGCCUUUCCUCGGAGGGGUCCAUUGUGGUGGAGAUGGACCCCGUGGAAUACACUCUCCGCAAACGGCUGCCUCGGAAACUACCAAAGCGGCGCAACGACGUGUAUGUCAACAUGAAAACGGACUUCAAAGCUCAGCUCGCCCGAUGCCAGAAGCUGUUGGACGGCGGAGGCACCGGCGGCCACCGCGAGAUCUGCAUUCACGGACUCGGACUGGCAAUCAACCGUGCAAUUAACAUUGCGCUGCAGCUACAAGCGAGCAGCCAGGGGGCGCUACAGCUCGCCGCAAACACCUCCACCGUCGAGCUGGUCGACGACCUGGAGCCGGAGGACCCGGACGAAGCCGGUGAGCCCAUCACGCGUACAAGGAAUAACUCGGCCAUUCACAUUAAAGUUUUCUACCCCGACCCCCAGUGAUAACCUGCUGUCUGCAGAAAUCUAAUAUAAACGCAGACGUUGUUCUCUUCGUACCCCAGUGUCCAUACCAACUUUAUAUUAUUUCAUCAGCUAUUAUCUCCUGUACAUUUGCAUAGUUUAGACCAUGAUCAAGCCUAUAGGUGUGAUGAUAAAGUGUCGCCUUUUCUAUGUCGUUUCUCACACAUGAACAGCAUUGGGAUGGACACAGAGGUGUAGGGUGUGUAGGACCAACAGUAAUUUGAAAUGGCUUUUCAGAAAUGGCUCUGUUAUGGCCACGCGGAGAAAUAUUGACUUGUUUGUUUACAUUAAGAAGUAUUAUGCUUGCUCAGUCCUUUAGGUUGUAUGUGGCUGUGGAGAACUCAUCUGAUUUAUCUGUUUGUUUUUAUUUUUAUUUUGAGGAGACAUGGAAGAGGAUGUGGUGUUGAGCAGGACUGUUGUGUGCUUGUGACUAUAUCCCCUAUGGCCUAUUAAUGUUUAUUUAAGUGGUGUGAUCGAGUGGUCUUCCCUUUUUGUUGUGUAAGAAUGCCAUAGGCUACAGUAUAUUUGGCUAUGCUAUUGAACAGCGUACAUAGAGUUUGCUCCUACAGAUGGCGUGUGUUGAGCAGGUUAGAAGACCAAGAAUCAGGUGGAGUGUUAAUGAUAUUUGAGCUCAGCAGCUAACCAAAUGAUGUACCUCCCCUCAAUACUCAUGAAGCAACAUGUUGGAUAGUGGAACACUUCAAACUAUUGUUUCCCAUAUGCAAAGUCAGGACUGUGUAUAAAUGCUAGACCCCACAAUACCCCCCCAAAUCCUAUUUUCUUUUUUUGUAUGCACAUACAGAAAGGUUGUCUUACAGACUGUGAGGAACAGUUUUCUGAAUUUGAAUUUGACUGAAUAAAGUGCAUUGUGUUAGUCACAGACUGA